CCUCAUCGCCACCCACCCUAUAUAGCCACGCACAAAGCGGGCGCAAUCCUCCUGUCUCACCUUCAUUCCACGCAAACUUUCUCCUCAAUCCUCAUCGUCUUCCCCCCCUCUCUCUCUCCAGUCGCUACCUGUUCAUACCUUUCUCUCUCUCUCUCUCUCUUCCUCUGCCAAGAAACACCAGCCGGCACCUUCUCUUCUUUACUCCCAUGGAGAUCGACGCCGACAACCUCAGCGCCACCGAGCUCCGCCUCGGCCUUCCCGGAACCAGCAGCGGCGACGACAGGCCGAAGAAGGCAUCACCCUCCGUCGGCGCUAAGCGCGCGCUCGACGACACCAGGAGCGAGGACUCCGGCACCAGCCCGGCCGCCACCGGCGACGACCACGACGCCGCCGCACCUGCCAAAGCGCAAGUGGUGGGGUGGCCGCCGGUGAGGGCGUACAGGAAGAACACCUUCCAGGCCGCGGCGGUGAAGAAGGCCGAGCAGCAGCAGCAGGGAGGGGGCCUGUAUGUGAAAGUGAGCAUGGACGGGGCGCCGUACCUCAGGAAGGUGGACCUCCGGAUGUACAAGGGGUAUAGGGAGCUUAGGGAGGCGCUGGACGCCCUCUUCACCAAGUCCUUCGCCGCCGCGGAGGGCGGCGGCGACCACCAGCACGCCCUCGCCUACGAGGACAAGGACGGCGACCUCAUGCUCGUCGGAGACGUGCCCUGGGACAUGUUCAUCUCUUCGUGCAAGAAGCUCAGGAUAAUGAAGGGUUCUGAGGCCAGGUGAUCGAUGAUGCACAAGAAGAGUCUACAGACUCAUGGAUGGAUCGAAGAGCACAGAUCGUGCAAAGGACCUGUGUGGCUUGGGCUCUCCAGUGCUGUACAGAGAUGGUCGUUUCUGAAUCCAGAGGGCGAAAGAUCUAUGAACUGUGUAUAUACCUUAGCUAGCUGCCAUGUUUUUUGAGUUGCGUUUUGUAUGAGCGAAGGCUGUAAAAAAAUGGAAAAGAAAAAUGAGAGAUUUGACUUAAGUUUGGUCAUUUUCCUCUCCAAAGGCCUCUCUCUUUGUGUGCUUAUAAACUAUAAAGUGGACACUUUGCCAAGGCAGCAGUUUGUCAGAUCAAA